AUUUGGUAUACAUAUGGUCUAGACCCUGAGAAAGAACAUAGGCUACUUUUUAUCCCGGAAUUCCCACGGGAAAACUUUUUUAGGCGAAGCGAAGCUCGCGGGAACAGCUAGUUGUAAAUAAAUAAACGUGACCCCUAUCAGAGUGACAAUGCUAUCUUAGAGGGCAGGUUUAUUUGUCCCAAACUACCUAUACUCAAUGGUUCGUACAUAGGUAACAUAAUUACGUACUUUCUUUAUUAGCAUUUUCCUAUUUACAUUCUUCUACAUACUUACUUAUUUAGGUACCUAUAUUAAGCACCUACUUGAUUUUUUUUAGAAGGACUUGGCUUUGAAGGAUGCCGUGAGCAAAUACAAAAUGACCUAAAAUUUUAAAAAUUGUUUUGAUUUUGAGUAUUGUACCUCAUUGCCGUCUCUACGUAUGUACCUAAAUACUAGUACAAGUAUAUGGAAUAUAAAUAUGUUUGUGUAAAAUGUAUUAAAUUAUAAUAAAAGAAUAAUGUUUCAAUUUGAAAAUAUUUUCUAUAUUUAUUCCUAGAUACCUAUCCAAAAAAUAUUUUCCUUAUAAUGUAAGUAAACUUGUACUUGGGUACUUAUAACAUAAUUUAAAUUUAAAAUGAUACAAAAAUCCACUCAUAGCAGAAAUAAGACGAAGUUAUAAAAUAUUAUGUUUAUAUUAGUCAUCGAAAAAAUAAUUGCCCUAAAGUAUACAAACUUUUGUUUGUCUUUUGUGUCAGAAUCUGCAAUCUACCUAGUUACCUAAAACGUGUAAUGUAUUGUACAUCACACGGUAGAUUACGAAGUAGGUAAACGCUCUCAGUUGCAGUUAGGUAUAUUAAAUUAUAUAUGCAUUUUCUUUAAUAGGUACAGUAUAAAUAAUGGGGACUGUAUAAUUAUAUUCCGUUCAGUGUUAAUGGGACUUCAGGUAAACUCACUUGUGUGGACAGGUGGUGAUGUCGAAAUGAUUAUCAGUUCCGUAUUGAGUCAGUCUGCUUUGUGUUUUGUUUACUAAACCCAAAUGUGCCGGAGUUUAGUAGGAAUGACUUUUAUCAGCAACAAAAUAGUGUUCAAUGUCUUACUUCUGUGUGUAACAGUAACAGCUCUGUUUGUGACAUACUAUCUGAGGGCCAAUCUAUGCUUGUACCCUGAAAGCCGAAGAUACCAAGCACAAUUUCUAACCACCGCAGAGAAUCACCAACUAAACAAUCUAUCCAACAAACGGACAACACAAGACUCGCGACUAAAAUACAUACUACUGUGGACAGAUGCCGAAACUCCGCCUUUCGAGUACUUGAGGCGACCCCCGAGGGGUCAGCAAGGAUUUAUCAACAGGAAAUGUCCGUUUACCAACUGCUUCGUGACAGGAGACCGGAAAUAUCUUUCUGACUACACGCAGUUUGACGUGGUCGUCUUUACCGGACCACAACUCAACUACCACGCCAACCAACCACUUCCAACCCACAGGAGACCCGAGCAGAUCUACGCGUUCCUGAGCCUGGAGUCAUCGCAGUACUACCCGCUGUGCCAUAGCAAAUACAACAAUUACUUCAACAUGAGCUGGACGUACAAGCUAGACUCAGACUUGAAAGGGUACAUAGUGGUCAGGGAUACCCAAAAUAACAUAAUUGGUCCAAAUGUGGCGAUGCACUGGAUGGAGCUGAAGUACAUGACUCCAAUCAGUGAAGAGUUGAAGACGAAGCUGCAGAAGAAGAGCAAGGCGGCGGCCUGGUUCGUGUCCAACUGCAACUCCAGAAGUAACAGAGAGGAGUAUGUGAGGCAGCUACAAUCUGAACUGGAGAAGUACAGUUUGAGUGUGGACGUGUACGGCCGCUGUGGCCCGCUGAAGUGCUCGACGCGUAAAGCAGAGAAGUGCAAGAAGAUGGUCGAUGAAGAUUACUACUUCUACUUGUCGUUCGAGAACUCUUUCGAUGAGGACUACGUGACGGAGAAGCUGCUGACUGCUCUCAACUACAACGCAGUGCCGAUCGUGUACGGAGCUGCCAACUACACAAGGUUCCUGCCAAACGGUACAUACCUGAACGCCAUGGACUUGAAGCCAGCUGACAUAGCAGCCGAAAUGAACCGCCUCAUCCACAACCUGACUGACUACUUCGACUACUUCCGAUGGCACAACCACUACUCCUACUCCAACAGAGGUAGUCACGCCGACUCUGACCCCUACUGUGGUCUGUGCACGCUGCUCAAUGAUGAGCAGUUUGUGACAAGACGUCACACGAUAGAAGAUUUUACGCACUGGUGGAAUGGCCCGAGUCGUUGUCACAGAUAAAGACUGUUUUUCUUUGCUGAGGCCCCCAUUGGUCCCUUGCGCUGCGUCGCGUCGCGUCAUCCGUACCAAAGGAGCUGUCAUAAAAAAUAUAUGACAACGACGACGCUACGCACCUAUGGGGCCUCAUACUCGUGCCUGCUGACUUCAUUCAUGGAUAGAUUUUCCCGCCAGCUAAAGUUUUCCCGUGUGGAUUCCGUAGAAAAAUAACCAGCCGUAUUCCCGUUUAAGAGAUUGAUGAUUGAUAAGUAAAUUUAUCAUGUACUUACAAACAUUCACGAUUCACGUUAAUAUUAGGGUUAAGUAAAGUAUAGUUUUCCGUGAUGGUGAUAGGGUAUGUUGACUUGUCAAUAAUUAAAUUUAUUCUUGUAAUAUACAUUAUGUGAAGUUAUGUGGGUCAGUAUUUGCAGAAUCUAUGUAGGUAAAAACUUUUUUUAAAUACAUUGAACAUUACGCAGUGUAGUGUUUGGGAAACCCUAACAUAGCUCCGAAACAGGAAUAAUAAAUUAGAUAAGGUAGAAUAUGAUUAGAUAAAACAAAAUAUGAUUGGUUCGUAUAAGUACUUACUUAAUUAUGUUGUCAUUAUUCUGUUAUAUUUAUUUGUAUACAGAACAUGUAGCUAGACUAACUGAGCUCUGC